AUGUAUGUUUUAAACACUGAGUUAAGUUACUAUUCUUCCCUCUUUGUAAGAACAUUAGUUUCAAUUAACAUGGAGAUUCUAAGUGUCGACUUGCUACCAUCUUCAGGCCAAAUAGAAGCCAAUGAGACCAUCAAUGACUAUAGACUCCUUCGCUUGAAUGUUCAUAGUAACUCACUUCAUAACAACAGAGACGAAUCGCUUUGUAGAGUCGAGAAUGCUGCUGAUUACGAUGUAUCUCGACCCCCCUCCCAUGCAUACUCGUGCAGCUCAAGUACCCGACGACGUCACAAAAUUGGCAAAGGCAUUCAACUUCUCUUACUGAAGAAAUACGUUCAAUGUGCAAAAGAAUUUC